GUCGUCCUGAGCUUGAACCAAAAAGCCAUGAACAGUGAGAAGGAAGAGCAACCAUUGGUGGAGAUCGAUGAUUCGGAGAAUGUUCUCGAUCUCACUAGCUGUCAGCUCCACAGCCUCGAUUCGGUCGAGCUGCCGCCGACCCUGACGGAGCUGGACCUUACGGCGAAUCGUUUGUCGGGAUUGGACUCGAGGAUCGCUCAGCUCUCCACCCUCAAGAAGCUUUCUCUUCGUCAGAACCUAAUUGAUGAUUCCGCCGUCGAGCCUUUGUCUCGCUGGGACGCCUUGUCCGAUCUCGAGGAGCUGAUUCUCAGAGAUAACAAGCUAGCAAAAGUUCCAGAUAUCAGCAUAUUCUCAAAGCUUUUGGUUUUCGAUUUAUCUUUCAAUGAAAUCACUUCGUUGCAAGGAUUAUCAAAGGCCUCUAGCACACUGAAGGAACUCUAUGUGUCUAAAAAUGAAGUUAACAAGAUUGCAGAGAUUGAACACUUACACGAUUUGCAGAUUCUUGAACUGGGGUCUAAUAGAUUGCGGGUAAUGGAAAAUAUGGAAAACUUCACAAAAUUAGAAGAACUGUGGCUUGGAAGAAACCGUAUCAAAGUUGUCAACCUGUGUGGGCUCAGAUGUGUUAAAAAGAUUAGUUUGCAGAGCAAUCGUUUGACCUCUAUGAAAGGAUUUGAGGACUGUGUUGCUCUUGAAGAGUUAUACUUGAGCCAUAAUGGUAUCUCAAAAAUGGAAGGCUUGAGUGCAUUAGUUAACCUACGGGUACUGGACGUGUCGAACAACAAGCUCACAUCAGUUGAUGACAUUCAGAACCUCACAAAGUUGGAAGAUUUAUGGCUUAAUGACAACCAGAUAGAAUCACUUGAAGCAAUCACAGAAGCUGUUGCAGGCUCUAAAGAGAAGCUUACCACCAUCUAUCUUGAAAAUAAUCCUUGUGCCAAGUCGUCCGAUUAUGUUGCUGUGCUCAGACAAAUCUUCCCAAAUGUGGAGCAAAUAGAUUCUAACUUAUUUGCUUAAAGAUGGAUAUUCGUCGUGUGCUCGUUUUAUGAUAGCAUGCUUCCUCAUGGUUCAGACUUCAGAGGCGUCGAAUCCAAGAAAUUAAGGAAAACACAGAUAUCUCGAAAUAUACAUGUGUCUGCUGUUUAUCAUAAAGAAUUGAAACGAGCAAAUCAAAUCAUUCUCUUCAUCGAUAUUUUAUCAAAACGUGUUUGGUCUGUUUGCAGUAUGUGGACUUUGUCUGCAAAAGGGAAUCCCGAGUCUGAGGUUGUCUUUUUUUCGGCCAACAGUAACUUUAAUAAUUUAAAUUUCCCUCUGUCAUUCUUUAUCUUUUUAGUUUCAUGAGAUUAUUAAGUAUUGAGAAUUUGCAUGUUGCAGAUUUUACUACUUUUUGGUUACUAUUUAUAAGUUUUGCUUCGAACAAA